AUGGGCCGUGAGCACCAGACGGGCCUAAGGACAGGCUCCACCCGCCCAGGCCCCCUGCCCUUCUCGCCAGAGCCUGGUCAAGCCGCGUGGACACGCGUGGGCACACGCGGCCAGCUGCUCGCCCAGGGUCACGCCAGCCCCACGCUGCUCCCGGCGCCCGGCCCUGCCCGCGGGGCCGAGCCCCGCCAGGUGUUCCAGGUGAUGGAGGAGCAGCCGCCGGGCACGCUGGUGGGGACCAUCCAGACGCGCCCCGGCUUCACCUACCGGCUCAGCGAGAGCCACGCCCUGUUCGCCAUCAACAGCAGCACCGGCGCCCUGUACACCACGGCCACCAUCGACCGGGAGAGCCUGCCCAGCGACGUGGUCAACCUGGUGGUGCUGUCCAGCGCGCCCACCUACCCCACCGAGGUGCGAGUGCUGGUGCAGGACGUCAACGACAACGCCCCGGUCUUCCCGGACCCCUCCAUCGUGGUCACCUUCAAGGAGGACAGUAGCAGCGGGCGCCAGGUCAUCCUGGACACGGCCACCGACGCGGACAUCGGCUCCAACGGCGUGGACCACCGUUCCUACCGCAUCGUGCGGGGCAACGAGGCGGGCCGCUUCCGCCUGGACGUCACCCUGAACCCCAGCGGCGAGGGCGCCUUCCUGCACCUCGUGUCCCAGGGCGGGCUGGACCGGGAGGCCACGCCGCACUACCAGCUGCUGGUGGAGGUGGAGGACAGGGGCGAGCCCCGGCGGCGGGGCCACCUGCGGGUCAACGUGACGGUGCUCCUCAACAUCAGCGCGCGGGACCAGGGCCCGCACCCCCGGGUGGCCUACGCCCAGCUGGAGGUCACCCUGCUGGACGUCAACGACGAGGCGCCCGAGUUCAGCCAGCCCGGGGGCUACCGGGUGUCCGUGGCGGAGGACGCCCCCCCGGGCACGGAGCUGCUGACGCUGCGGGCGUCCGACGGGGACCUGGGGGACAACGGCACCGUGCGCUUCGCCCUGCGGGAGGCCGGCGCCGACCAGCCGGCCUUCCGCCUGGACCCCGUGUCCGGCCAGCUGAGCACCGCCCGCCCCCUGGACAGGGAGACGCAGGCCUUCUACUCGCUCUGGGUGCUGGCCAGCGACCUGGGCACCCCGCCCCAGUCGUCCUCCGCCCUGGUCAAUGUCAGCCUGCUGGACGUCAACGACCACAGCCCCGUCUUCUACCCAGUCCAGUACUUCGCCCACGUCCGGGAGAACGAGCCCCAGGGCAGCUACGUGACCACGGUGUCGGCCUUGGACCCCGACCUGGGGGCCAACGGGACGGUGCGGUACCGCCUGGCGGCGGGGGACGGCGCCCGCUUCCAGGUGCACGCGCAGAGCGGGGUGGUGUCCACCCGGGCGGUCCUGGACAGGGAGGAGAGGACGGCCUACCAGCUGCAGGUGGUGGCCACGGACGGCGGCCGCCGGCAGUCUCCCACCCAGGCCGUGGUGACCAUCACGGUGCUGGACACGCAGGACAGCCCUCCCGUGUUCAGCCAGCCAGCCUACAGCUUCGUGGUCUUUGAGAACGUGGCCCUGGGCUACCCGGUGGGCAGCGUGUCCGCCAGCACCGUGGACCUCAACUCCAACAUCAGCUACCUCAUCGCGGGCGGGGACCCCGGGGGCGCGUUCGCCAUCCACCCGGGCACCGGGCAGCUCACAACGGCCAGUGCGGUCGACAGGGAAGCGCAGGCCUUCUACCAGCUGACGGUGGUGGCCCGCGCGGGGCCGGCGGCCGGGGAGCGGGUGACCCUGCGCGUGCUGGCCAAGAACCGCGGCCGCAUCCGCGGCGGCGACGUGGACGAGGCCACCGUGGACAUCACCGUGCUGGACGCCAACGACCCGCCCGCCUUCGGCCGCGGCGAGUACCGCGUGCAGGUCAGCGAGGGCGUGCCCCCGGGCACGCACGUGGCCUUCGUCAGCGCCUUCGACGCCGACUCCGUGCCCAGCUGGAGCCGCUUCUCCUACUCCCUGGGGGCCGGCAACGAGCGGGGCGCCUUCGCCGUCCACCCGCAGACCGGCCAGGUCACGGUGGCCGCCGAGCUGGACCGGGAGGCCCUGCCGGUGUACAACCUGACGGUGCAGGCCGUGGACGCGGGCACGCCGCCCGCCACGGGCCGCGCCAGCCUGCUGGUCAUGCUGGAGGACGUCAACGACAACGGGCCGGUGCUGGCCGUCACCGAGGCGACGGUCGCGGAGAACCAGCGCCCGGGCACCCCGGUGCUGACGCUGCAGUGCGCCGACCCCGACCUGCCGCCCAACCAGGGCCCCUUCGCCUACCAGCUGCUGAGCGCCGGCCCGGCCGGCGGCUACUUCAGCCUGAGCGCGGCCGGCGUGCUGACCACCGCCCGGGAGAUCGACAGGGAGCAGGUGGCCGACUUCUGGCUGACGGUGGUCACGCGGGACGCGGGCGUGCCCCAGAUGACCUCCACGGGCACCGUGCACGUGGCCGUGGGCGACCAGAACGACAACCCCUCGCGGCCGCGGGCCGUGGACAUCUUCGUCAACUACUACGGCCGCGCCUUCCCCGGGGGCGCGCUGGGCUCCCCCCAACUCGGGCCGCCGCCUCCUGGGGGCAGCUCUCUGCAGGAGCGUGCAGGGAGCUGGCCCGGCCCCUGCCGCUGGCUCCUCUGCCCUUCUGCCCCUGCGGGCCGGCAGCCCCUGGGGAAGACAUGUGAGUCUCCGGUGGACCACUGUGCGUGUGACCCCUGCUUCCACGGGGGCUCCUGCCGCAGCGGCGUGGACACCUACUACUGCCUCUGCCCCUUCGUGCCGCCUGCCCAGGCCCUGGAGGCCUCUCCUUGGGCAGCGCCCAGCGGCAGGCCCAGCUGGGUCCUGUCCCAGGAGCCGGAGGCCGCCUCGCUCACCGUGGACUCCUGCUCUGAGGCCCAGGAGCCCGGCUUCUGCACGGUCAGCAACGCGGCGCUCUCAGACGACUGGACGCUGGACGUGCAGCCCAACCCGGUGUCCGUGGGGGGCGUGCGGUCGCUGGAGCCCCUCCUGCAGCGGAGGGGGCAGGUGGAGAGCCACGACUUCGUGGGCUGCGUCAUGGAGCUGGCGGUCAACGGGCGGCCGCUGGAGCCCAGCCAGGCGCUGGCCUCACAGGGCGUCCUGGACCACCGCUGUGACAGCAGCCGCAUGCCGGCAGCACGGGGAGCCCACGCGGUGCGCUCUGGGCUGCCCGGCCACUUCCCGGGCGCUCGGAGCCGUCGUGAGUCGGGCGGAGUCCGGCGCUGCAGACCUCCAGCGGCCGAGCGGUUGUCUUGGUUCCUCGGGCUUCUUCUCAGCGACACCAGCGCGCGCCCCUUCUUCCUCAAGCAGGCGCUGGGGGCGGUGCGCCAGGCUGGCUCCCGCGAGGACCCGCCGCCCGGCCCAGCCGCGAAGCUCUGCAGUGAUCCGCAGGCGGGUUGGGGGUGUGAGUCCCCCGUGGGCCUCUCCUUGUCCCCUCGACUUUCCGCCGCGCGGGGCAGGGCCUCUCCUCCGCUGAGUGUCCUCGUGGUCCCUCAGCGCCCGCUCCUGCGGGAGGUGGCCCUGCCGGUCACCUGGAGGUGUGGGGUCCCCCUGAGCACCCGCCUCCGGCACCCCGUGAGCGCCCCGCGAGCCCUGAGUGCCUGUCGCCCUCCGCUCUCAGCCGUCAGCGCGGACACGGCCCUGAGCCUGGAGGGCGGGGGCCGCCUGGACUACCUCAUGAGUCAGCGCGAGAAGCGGGACUACCUGCUGUGGCAGAGCCUCCGCGAGGGCCCGCCGGAGCCCUUCGGCGUGGACAGCCUGGAGGUGACGUUCAGGACGAGGAGCGAGCACGGGGUCUUGCUGCACGUGCAGGAGACCAGCAACUACACCACGGUCAAGAUUAAGAGCGGCAAGGUGCACUUCGCGUCGGACGCCGGGGUGGCGGGGAAGGUGGAGAGGACCAUCCCGGAGGUGUUCGUGGCCGACGGCCACUGGCACACGUUCCUCGUCUCCAAGAACGGCUCGUCCACCGUGCUGUCCCUGGAUGGGGCGCACAGCAGAGCAGUCACCCGCCCCACGCAGGACUUCGGGGGGCUCAGCGUGCUCACCAUUUCCCUGGGGGGGAUCCCUCCCAGCCAGGCCCAUCGGGACAGUGAGGCAGGCUUCCAGGGCUGCGUGGCGUCCCUGCGCUACGGCGCGGAGAGCCUGCCCUUCGGCGGGAAGCACAGCUGGGCCUCCAUCUCCAGGAGCGACCCCUCGGUGCAGAUCGGCUGCCGCGGCCCCAACGUCUGCGCCAGCAACCCCUGCUGGGGCGAGCUGCUGUGCACCGACCAGUGGCACGCCUACCAGUGCGUGCCACCCGGGGACUGCCACUCGCAGCCCUGCCUCAACGGCGGCGUGUGCGAGCCCGGCGCGCUGGCCGGCUUCACCUGCACCUGCCCCGACUCGCACACCGGGCGCACCUGCGAGACGGCGGUGGCCUGCCUGGGGGUCCUCUGUCCCCAGGGGCGCGUGUGCCAGGCGGGCGGGCCCGGGGGGCACGUCUGCGUGCUCAGCCCGGGCCCCGAGGAGCUCUCACUGCCCCUGUGGGCCGUGCCCGCCAUCGUUGGCAGCUGCGCCACGCUGCUGGCCCUGCUGGUCCUCAGCCUGAUUCUGUGCCACCAGUGCCGCGGCCGGAAGGCCCGGGGGGCCUCGGAGCAGAAGCCCCCCAAGGAGAAGAAGAAGAAGAAGAAGGGCAGCGAGAACGUGGCCUUCGACGACCCGGACCACGCGCCCCCUUACGGGGACGACAUG